AGGUGGCAGGUCGGCCCUCCGCCCCCGCUGGCCGUCCCCGGCUGACUGAAAGCAAGAGAGGCAGCACGAUGCACCAGGCCGCGGCCGUCGCCAGCAAGAAGGGCCGAGGCCGCACGGCGGCUUCGCAGCGGCCACCGAACGCCAGCCGCGGCGAUUGGAACGUGCAGGUGGUCAAAGGCAAGGUGACGUCCAAGUGUUUGUGGAACGCGUGCAAGGCGCUCUCCCUCGGCAUCAUCCUCAUGGUCCUCGGCGCCGGAAUGGCCAUUCUUGGCUAUUACGCAGACCAGCUGUCGGUGAAUCAGGAGAUCAGAGGCAACACCACAGUCAAAGUGAAGAACGAGAGCCGCGGAUUCCACUUGAACAAUUUCUCCUACGCCGGACCCAUUGUGAUGGGCGUCGGAGGGUUCAUCGUAGUGGCCGCCUGUGUGAUGACGUUUGAGGCGCGAGACAGCGCCGCCAAAGUGGUGCCCGCAAAGUUCAAACCGAAAGCUAGCCCUGCGCACAGGUAUCGCUCGGACGACGGCAGUGGCCGUCGCAGCACCAGUUGUCAGACGCGUUGGGACAAUCUGGGAGUUUUCAGGGCCGCAGCUCAGGGUGCGACCGCCCUGGGACUGGCGACGCCUCUAGCCUCGGCCGUCACUUCACCAGCCCAAAGCAUGCACCGAAGGGAACUCAAGCAGUCAUUUCUGAAUUUUUCCAAGACAUUCCAGUCGUCUAUCGACUCUGCAGGUUACCAGACUGAGGAUGCUAAAGUAAAAUCUCCAACCACAACGAUCAACGCAGCGCGCCGCAACUCUUUGGCCAAGUGCCCUUCGGCGCCCAACAUCGCAGCCCUGUCGGACAGCGGGAGUCCCCUGAUGCAGCAGCUGAACAUGUUGGCCAAACCCGUGCCCCCGGCCUUGCUAGGCGCCGGCAACGCCAGUUCGGCGCGGGCCUCGAACGUCGCCGCUCGGCGCCAGAGCUCGUCGAUCAAACGGGGCUGCCCUUUGCUUUCUCCACACCCUUUGCAGCGGCAAGCGUUGUCGGUCGACUACACCAACAUCAACUACUCGCCGCUCAUUUUCCAACAGCAAAGGCGUCCGCCUCCUUUGCUGGCCGACUCGCCAAAGAGCAGCGUCGAAAGAGCCGUCUCGGAGGCUUCUAUGGCGAUGGACCUUCAUCUGCCAGAUGACUGUCAAGUGACUCUGAAGGUGCGAGACCAAUCUAGGGUGAUGCCUCCCCGCCUGCAUCAAAGGUCAGAGACUGCUCGGAGGCACCAGCUCACCAGACAAAAGCAAGUGGUGGAGCUUGAAACGUCUGUCAAUGACAUACAAAUUCAAGUGCCUGAUGUCAAGGUUCGUCGACACCACUCGUCAAAACGCGACGGCACCAAAAGACACCACAGGCAUCGCGUCAAGAGGUCCAACACUUGUGCCACCCCACAGGAUGCAUCCACAAGACAUCCGCACGGUGAUGCCACUCCAACAGUCUGCAUCAGUCUCACCCCCAGCCCUGAAAGGUCACACGCUUCAUGUAACCUGCAGGUGCAAAUCGAUAACUCGAGCAACCCGCCAAGCUCAAAUCAGAGCUUUGAAAUGAGCACCGUGGGUUCCGACGUGGAGGCAGGACCGUCCUGUUCGUACUCGGCACCUUUGCUCGAGGAGAAGUUGACGCCAAACACCGAGACCAAGAUCCACAUCGAGGAGGCCCAGUAGUCGCUCCAGUGGCGACGGAAGAUGAUGGACGAGACUGAGUUAACUAAGUGAGUACGGGUGCUGGAGAGAGCGAGAUAAGCGGCGCAAUAAAUGAUCCGAGAGCGAAAGAUGUGGCAGUUUGCGCCGCUCUUUGUUUUUGGCCUGGAGAGAGAGAGAAUGACACAGAACGCGCGGUGCGGGGGCAAUCAAUAAUCGCGCUGCCCUGCUCGCACGGAACGCGGAGAGACCCUGUUGCGCGCCACAUUAUUCACACCCGUGUCAUUUUGGAAUAUUCAUAAUUUACGGGAGAAAAGGAUGAUCUAUAAAGUGAUCAGCACAAGCGCAUUAUAUUCCAGGCAAAAUAGAGCGUCUUUCAAAAGAGACGUCUGUCCGUUUCUCACACCGAGAGUGACACAGACGCACAGUUUGAAGAUGUUUUUUCUGACCUUCUCUCAUUGCCUAUUCAUCUGACCCGUGUCAGUGGCUAGUUGGGGGUAUUUGCUUUCAAAAGCGUUUUAUUACAUACAAUUUCUGGAAGCAGUAUUUUACCAAUUUUUUAUUCUAUUAUUUUUCUUUUUAAAUUAAAAACAAGAAAGCUAUAUUAGAAUGGAUAUUUGAUUUAUAAACUAUAAAUAUUUAUUAUAUUAAAUCACACUGACUGUUGUAGAAUUGAGAAAUUUGUAAUCCUAUUAAUUCCGAACUAAUAAUUAACGAUUCAAGUAGUUUUAUUGUUUUUAAAACACGCAUAAAGUAAUAACAACGCGGAAACUGUAUUUUUUAAGUAAAAGAACUGUGAUAAGUGUUGAUUUUUGUGUAUAGUUAAUUGAAAAUAAGGCAGGAAAAUAUUUUUGUAAAAUAUUGCCACAAAAAGGAGAUUUCGCUCUGCGUGUUUCAUACAUAAAUAAAGCCCUGAUGUGUUUAGCGUUGAGUGUCAUUGCACCGUUUUUGUCAACAUAAUAAUUUGCUGUCGUUUUUUAACCGUUCCACUGUUUACCAGAAAAAAGACGAAAAAUAAUUCACUCACGCACAUAAAAAUAUGUGAAAAUCGAUGUAGCCGAGCUAUUUUGAUCACGGCUUGAGCUUUCGUUGACACCCGACCUGUUCAAAAACAGUAAUAAAUAAAAGUAACUGCCAACGCAUAUUUUACGCAUUAUCAAAAAGGUUUUCAUAAACGGAAUUCAACGCGCUUUCAGCAGCAGACUGGGCGAGUCUCGGAAGCUCAGAAGUUUGCGCUCUAUGUGUGUACAAUGGUGUAUAGUUUUACAUGAAUGUGUGAAAAAUUUUGUGCUACGGGUUUUGUCGCGGUUGCACAAGAUUAGAUGAAUUAUUAAAACACACUCACCACCUGUGGGUUGUUCGUGGGUUAUACAUGAAAAGUGUUCGUUUUAACAUGGCAUUAGAUGAAAAUAAUAAUCAAAUUUUAAUUAUUUUUCUUAAUUUCUUUUCGGAAGAGGAAAAAUUCUUGUACUAACAAAAUUAUUUGCAUUUAAUUCACAAUUAAAUUCUUCUCUAGCGACUCUAGCUAUAAAUCAGUCACAGUUUCAAAAAGACUAGUUUGUAAGGGUUUUACCAAAAUUUAAUCCUCCGAUUCCUCAUUCAAUAUAAUUAUAAAAUGAAAUUUAAAAAAAAAUCACGUGAGAUUUUUAUUAUAUUCAACAAGACUGUGGCACAAACAAGUAUGUUAACCGAAAGUAAAUAAUUUAUGAAUGUCUCGUUUACUGUUGAUGUUAUUGCUGUUGUUGUUAGCUUGUCCAAAAUGCAGGGUCCCCGUUCAAAUAGCAGCUCAAUGUGUCGUUUUUUCCAAAUAAAAAUUAGUGUUGCUGAA